AAGUAACUGCAUAUAUGCGCAGCCUUUGUUGCUCAGUCACCUCUUCUCUGAACUUUUCUCCAAUCUCCAUGCACCUUUUAGUGCACGGUCUUCAGAGUGUCCGCACCAACCACCAACCACCCACCAGAGACUAAAUACUGGGCAUACCCAGUAGCGUAUCAAGCUCGAGUUCAUAGGUAAGAUAGAGAGUGUUUCACAUCAGAGAAGCUGUGCUGUGUUCAAGUGCCUCAGGUCAGGUCUCACACAUUUUACUGAGAUGAUCUCACGAUCUCAGUCGUCGUCGUCGUCGUGUUUGCUCUUAUUGCUUCAUGCAAGUUCAGUCAGUUAAUGGUUGUUGAGUGGUGAACUGGUGAGCGAGUUGGAGUAGACUGCGGGGCGAUCCGGGUGUUGUAGCAGCAGCUGACGGCUGACAGUACGUCGUCGCCGCCGCCGCGCCAUCACCAGGACCGCGGAGGAUCAUGCACGAGGAAGUUUGAUAAGGCUGUUUUGAUUUUGAACCGAGACAGAGUGUUGUGUGUGUGGUGCGUGAACGCUUGGGAUUGCACUCUCUCUCUCUCUCUCUAGCUGUUAAAGUCCGGAGAGUUCCUGAUCGCGCUCUUCAUCAAUUAGCUAGUGUAAAUACAUAACGCGCGUACAUAUGUAUAUGUAUGUGAACAGUUAGCAGCAGAGGAGAGCAAGCGCGCAAUGCUUGCAGCCGUUGUCAUUCCCUGGAGAAAAAAAGACAGGACAGCGAUGAGGGAGAAGACCAGCAGCUUGGUCAGCUUGUAGUUCGUACAGUGUAUUUACUUUACUUGUGAGAGAAAGAGAGAGAAAAAAAAACGUAACGGAGCCAAACGAGGAUAAACAGGUAUAGAGAGCUGUUGGCUUGUGCGCGGAUGAGAAGAGACAGCCAAGACGACCACGACCACGACGACGACGACGACGACGACGACGGCAACGACGAAGACGAGGUUAAAUAGACGCUGGUACACAUAUAGACACGAAAAAGAAAAAAAGUCAACAUCAUCACGUACUAUGAUCUCUGCACAGAAAAAUGUCUCAUGAUGUAUGCUCUCCAUUAUAUAACAAACCUAAGAUACAAGCACUCCUAUUAGAAAAACUUUUGCCAAAGUUUUCAUGGUACAGAUAAUGUGAGGGUUUUUUUUUUUUUAAAUCGAAGGAAAACCAUAAGUUUUAAUAUAUUCUGGCAUCCGUGACAGCCGUCAUCUAUGAUCUGAGAGUUGUUUUGAAGCCCAGGAAACAACUUGAAGGCUGUAGUGAUCGCGAAUGAAAAAGAGCGUCAUUCAGAGAAAAUGAAUAGUCGCCCCUGUGAGCCAGAGUCGAAGUGGAACUGCGAAUACUGCACUUAUGAGAACUGGCCAUCGUCACUAAAAUGUACAAUGUGCAGAGGUGCCAAACCGCUCCUAGGGGAAGAUAUUUAUCGGCUACGAGAUCCGAGUCCGCAGAGAUCUGCGUCCAACGUAGCUUCGGGUCCUGUACCACCAGCUAGUGAUUCAUAUAACUUAGGUAAACAAUAUUCCAACGCAAUAUAUUUAUAUGUAUCACGCAAAAUGACAUCCUUUUUGUUUCCAGGUUCGCAAAAUUACAGUCAAAAUGUACCGUCAGACGGAAAAUGGUACUGCGAAGCGUGCACCUAUCUAAACUAUCAGAACGCGACGCGCUGUACUCAGUGCGCCAGUCGGCGAUCUCCAAAUACAACAACAGCCACAACGCCCCAACACAAUCAGUCGAUCAUAGCCUCGAAUCUUCACGAGCAGCUUGCACCCUUGAGACUCGGUGACCCACCGCCGACGCCUUUGAACGCGCAACCUCAGGCAAAUAUGAAUCAACUGCCGGAUAAGUGGUCAUGUGCUACCUGUACUUACGAAAACUGGCCCAAGUCGGUAAAGUGCGUGAUGUGCGGCCAUCAAAGGGAAAGGGAACGAGCACGCGAGAGGACGAACAUGGUGAAUUCGAGUCUCAUAUGCCCGAGUCCCGAGCGGGAUCUCCAUCGCAAUCAUCCCCAGCGGGGUUUACCCUCGCCGCCUCACACACCUUACAUUCACCAAGCACAGCGCGACGAGAACAUGGCGAUAGCUAGGCGGAGUACUCAAAGGUACGAUAGCAGAAACGACAGUCUUCCUACACCGCAGUCUCCUAAUAAUUGCGAUUACGAGCGCAGGCUAAAGCAGUUAAAACGCCAGACGGACUGGUGCUGGCUGAAUGCCUGCCUUGGCAUUGUCGAGGGCGACAAUGCACCCGUCGAGGCUUAUCUGGCUAGUGGUGGCGACCCGACCCGUCAGUUAACGCAUUCCGAGGUUUCAGUACUGAAUAGAAACAGUGCUUUUGACAUAGGACACACCCUAGUUCACUUAGCCAUUAGGUUUCAAAGGGAAGAUAUACUGGCAACGUUGUUGGCUCAAAUCGAGGGUUCUGGCUCGGGCAUCAAGAGAGUACCCAGCUACGUAGCUCCCGAUCUGGCCGCUCAGAUUCGCCGGCACGUCAGCAAUAGCAUCCGCAUGCGAAAAGGUUCGUUUCCCUGCUAUUUCGUCACCGAGUUUGCGACCUUCACUCUACCAGCUGAGGUCGAAGAUCUGCCGAGUAUAGUACAGGAGCAAAUGUUAGAGGAACUGCUGGAUCGUGAGGCACAGCAGCAACUGGAGGGUGGAUGCGGCGAACCACCUGCCUUGAACUGGUCCCUGGAAAUUACGGAUCGCGUGGGUAGUCGAUUACAUGCUCUGUGGAACCGUUCGGCCGGUGACUGUCUCCUUGAUUCCGUCAUGCAGGCAACGUGGGGCGUCUUUGACAGGGAUAACACGUUAAGACGAGCGCUUGCCGAUACCCUACAACAAGCGGGUCAAUUUUUCUAUCUUCGUUGGCGGGAGUACGAGGCAUCACAUGCUUCCAGAAUGUUGGAUUUUACUCUCGAGGAGACGCAGUGGCAAGAAGACUGGGAGAAUCUACUAACGACAGCUGCUCAGCCCGGAAGUGCUCUAGAACAGUUACACGUGUUUGCCAUGGCUCAUAUUUUGAGAAGACCAAUCAUAGUUUACGGAGUCAAAUAUGUCAAAAGUUUUCGUGGUGAAGACAUCGGUUACGCCAGAUUCGAGGGCGUGUACCUGCCGUUGUUGUGGGAACCAUCCUUCUGUAUCCGCUCGCCGAUAGCACUGGGCUACACUCGUGGUCACUUCACAGCUCUUGUACCCAUCGAGCCUUAUGCUCCGUCGCGUCCAGCUAUGCCCUCGCACCAGGGAGGGGGCAACAGUCCAAUACAACAACUACAGAUACAAACGACCUUUAUGCCUCUUGUGGACCGCGAGCACAAGCUCCUGCCCAUACACUUCCUCGGCCCCGAGGAAAUGGGAAGAGAAGAAACGAUACUGAAACAGUGGUUGGACGUGUGCACGACCGAGGGUGGUACACUUGUGGCUCAGCAAAAACUGCACAAGAGGCCGCUACUCGUUGCCCAGAUGCUCGAGGAGUGGCUCAAUCAUUACAGAAGACUAGCUCAAACGUACGAAGCACCAUUUUCGAGGGCAGUUGCUCUGCAGGAUUAUAGUAGUGACGGCGAUUCAGAGGAUGAGUGAUGCGGUAGUUCAAAACAAGGAAGAAAGAAAACCUAAUGAAUUAAAAUUAACGAACCAACGUGGAUGCAUGUUCAUUUGCUUGCGUUAGAUGCGUUCUGAUCACGAAAAAGUAAAAUUAAUAACAAAUUAUUGGAAAUUUGGCUAUGCUCUACAAAAAGUUGCUGAGGAAGAAAUCAAGUUUCGAAUUCGUUAGUUACGAGACUAUGUACAUUAUUGAUAAGAAAAUUUUCGGAAGCCUGUCCAGUUAUCUGCUUCAUCGAUACUCUGAUUUCUUUCCAGCUCACUGAAGUAACGAUCUCAUCAAAAAACGAAAUUGGGUAAUGACGAUACCUCGAGGGUAUACGAUGAUUACGUGCGAGAAAAACCACGUUCAUUUUUGUAAGUCAACGUGAACUGCAAAUUUAUUACAAGAGACUUACUAUUUUUUACAGUUCCUCGUAUUUUAUGAGAAAAUUGAAGUGAUUUUUUUCGUCAGUAGUUUUUGUAUACCAUCCCAGUAUCAUCUCAGAAACAUUGUACUGUAAUAUAAAAAUCAGUUAUGAAAGUAACAUGAAAAUUCUGAUGAAAUAGGUUUCUGGAUAUUAUAGUGUGUAUUAAAUUGCGUACGUAGUGGUUUAAAUUUCGAAUCUCCGUUGAUUCGUACUGUUAGUUGUGCAUCAAAUGAUUUCAAAUGAUAUUUAUUAACUUUUUGACUCUGCAGGUCGAGCUGUGUCCGUAUGAAGAAGAAGGAGAAAAAAAAACCAUGAGUGAUUGAGUGAUUGCAAAAGUGGAAUGUAUAAAAGUUUAUUAUAUUUUGCUUUGUGUAGUGUAGAUAAAGAAAAAAAAGAUAUAGUUAAGAAUACGAAAAUAAUUAUGCGGUUGAGGUUGAAUACGAAAAAUAAUUCCAAUAGGGACAUCGGUGCUGCUAAAAAUAAAUUAAAUUGUAAUCGCGAGAUUUUCCCCAUGAUUGUUAUUUUUAUUAUUUUUAUCUUUGGAUGCAGUAGGUGUUUAUACCAUUUUGUGAUGAGCUUGAGUUGUGUAUAAUUUUUGUACACUGUCUUUUCACCAGAUUGAACCUGUGACAAGGUCAUGAUUUUGUUGUUAACCAAUAUAUAGCUAAAUUUAUCGUACAUAGAAAGUAGAGGCUUGAAAGGAUGUACUAUGCAUUUUUUUUUUUUUUCGUCCACCAUAAUGCAAACUUUUAGUUAAGAAGUAUAUUAAUUAUACGCACGUCAAGCAACAUAUGUUUAUUUUCUAGUUAAAUCGCGGUUUUAAAUAUUGUUACAUUAAGGAAAAAUAUUAUUGCGAUGAAAUCUUACUUGAGUUAAAAAGCUAUUUAUUUUAAAUAAUUUUUAUGUACUUUUUAAUUUUAUUGCCUUUAAAAAA